AUGAAAAACUUGUUAGCAGAGAUUGGUUCGAAGACUUUGGAUCAAAUGAACUAUAAUACUUUAAAGAUUGAUGAGCUGAAGGAGCUAUUAAAAGAAAGGGGUCUGUCUGUUACUGGGAGAAAGCAACAACUAGUCCAGGCAUUGAUUGAUUAUGACACCCAAAAUAGCCAAGCAAAUAGUACAGUGGCAACUACUCUUACUACUACCUCUGUAACAACGGAGAAAGAAGAACCAGAGGGCCCAACAGCUGUUCUGAAUAGUGAGAUUCAAAUAGACCAAGUAGAAAAGAAUAGCAACAUAACAGAUUCAUUAAGACAAACAAUAUGUAUAAACGAUGUUAACCAACUUUCUGAAAAAGAAAGAAUUGAAUUAAGAAGACAGAAGUUUGGAACGUGCGAGCCAUCUACAGAGGCUGAAAAAAGGCUUGCUCGUUCAAAAAGAUUCGGUGCCACGUCUGAAUAUGAUAAGAGAAAGCUUAGACAAGAAAGAUUUGGGAUGAUAUCAGAAGCUGAUAAGAUAAAAAAUAGAAGAGAAAGAUUUGGAACAAUGUCAAGAGUAAAUGAUCCAGAUCACGAAAAAAAGAUCCAAGCAAGGAAAUUAAGGUUUGGUUUGAAGUAG